UGCUCGUGACGUAACACUGCCGUAACUUAACAACAAACUUGGCUCGCGCGUCUGUUUGGUUUUAAUCACGCGAUCGUGACUUUGUGGUAACGAAACGAUCAUUUUGCUGCGAUUAAGUAUUUACUACUUGACUAGUAGAAACAUUCCUAGUACGCCUAUGUGAUUGUGACGUUGGUUGUAACGAUUAACGCAAGUGUGUGUGGUGUUUUAUUUCUGUGUUGUCAUGGGGAUCCGUCAAUUUAGACAUCGUGAUGACAAUAUCACUUUCUACUACGUGGAUGAAACGAAUCCGGUCAUGUUGUGAUUUUUGUGUCCCAUUGCGUUUAUAGUGUCAAUCCAUUAUUUGUCCUAAGACGUCAACACGCAAGUUAACACAAACACGGAAGACCUUUGAGCUCAGUGAACCUUUGCAAGUGCAUACAUUAUCUUGUUAUUUAACCAAAUUCAGUCCCAUAGCUUGUGUUCAGAUAACCGGCCAUUGACUCUUAAUAUUUUCCACCAAGUUAGUGUGGUUUAUAGAUGUAGAUUUUCUACGUGACUGGCUGGUUUUCUCUCCCCGGCACCUGUUGUGUUGCCUCCCACUCUGGCCACAAAUUUAGGCACAGCUAAUGAAACCCACUUCAGGAGAUGGUAUGGCCUCACAAGUCUUGGUUUACCCACCACACAUUUAUCAAACCCAGACAAGUGCCUUUAGCAGUGUGAAGAAACUCAAAGUUGAGCCCAGCAGCUGUGUGUACCAUGAGAGAGCACAUCCGCGGACUUAUCUGAACAGGCGAAACCUUGGUAUUGUGCACCCGACGAAGGCCUGCUCCUUCUUGAGCCAAGACUUGGCAGGGGACGCGAAAGUGUUUGGAGGACAAGUGUACCCUGUGAAGACGGUGAUAGUGCGGGGCGUCCAGAGACAACAGCCUGGGAAAAGAGCUAGCCAAUUGGGCCCGGCUGCGGUCGAGCAGCGGCAGAGCGCAGCGGUUGUCCACAAGCAGAACCAGAAUCAUCGUCGUCGUCAUCAGCAGCAGCAGAAGACAGUCACAGCAAGUGGGGGCAGCAGUGGAGCAACCAGGGCAGGAGGAGGGGGAAGGGGAGAGGGCUACAGUGGAGGAGGUGAGGUUGGUGGAGAGGAGGAGGACGGGAAAGCGGAGGGGGAGGGAGACACAGAAUCAGACUGUGUAGGUUUGAACUCGGCUGACAGCUCUCAGCGAUGUGGACUGAAACGUAAAAGUGAGGAGCUGGAUAAUCGAGGGAGCACCAUGCAGAUUGUGGAGGAACUGUCAAUGUUGCCUGCCAUGUUGCAAACAACGAAUGUAGGAAACGCAGCAGCGCCUGCGGCCGUGGUGGCAGGAGGGGGGACUUCCAAGCAGGCUGCAGGACCCGUCGCUGGAGGAUGUGACGGGGACUACCAGGUCGUACAGCAUGAGGUUCUUUGCUCCCUGAAGAAUAAAUACGAAGUGCUGGAUUUCUUGGGACGCGGCACGUUUGGACAGGUGGUAAAGUGCUGGAAAAGAGGCACGGGCGAGGUCGUGGCAGUAAAGAUCCUGAAGAACCAUCCUUCAUACGCCCGACAAGGUCAAAUCGAAGUCGGCAUCCUCGCUCGUCUGAGCGGGGAGAACGCAGACGAACACAACCUGGUGCGAGCCUUUGAAUGCUUCCAACACCGCAGCCACACCUGCCUUGUGUUUGAGAUGCUCGAGCAGAACCUGUACGAUUUCCUCAAGCAGAAUAAGUUCAGCCCGCUGCCCUUGAAAGUGAUCAGACCUGUGCUGCAGCAGGUGGCCACGGCUCUGAAGAAGUUGAAGAGUAUGGGUCUGAUUCAUGCAGACCUCAAACCUGAGAACAUUAUGCUGGUGGAUCCGGUGAGGCAACCCUACAGGGUGAAGGUGAUAGACUUUGGCUCGGCCAGCCACGUGUCCAAAGCAGUAUGCUCCACGUACCUCCAAUCUCGGUACUAUAGGGCUCCAGAAAUUAUUUUGGGAUUGCCAUUUUGUGAAGCCAUAGACAUGUGGUCCCUAGGCUGUGUGAUAGCUGAGCUUUUCCUGGGCUGGCCCCUUUACCCUGGGGCCUUGGAGUAUGACCAGAUUCGCUACAUUUCUCAGACGCAAGGUUUGCCUGGAGACCAUUUACUGAAUGCAGGGACAAAGACGACACGUUUCUUUUGCAGAGAGUCAGAUUCGCCUUAUGCAGUCUGGAGAAUAAAGUCUACAGAAGAGCAUGAGGCUGAGACGGGGAUGAAAUCAAAGGAAGCGAGGAAGUACAUCUUCAGUUGUUUGGAUGACAUAGUGCAUGUGAACCUGGUGAUGAAUCUAGAAGGCAGCGAUUUACUCGCAGAGAAAGCAGACCGCCAGGAGUUUGUGAGUCUGCUGAAGAAAAUGUUGCUCAUCGAUGCAGAGGAGAGGAUCGCCCCCGCUGAAGCUCUCAGUCACCCCUUUGUGACAAUGCAACAUUUGCUCGACUUCCCUCAUAGCAACCAUGUCAAAUCGUGUUUCCACAUCAUGGAUAUCUGCUCAACCCGCCCCAGUACGUAUGAGGUAGCGAACAGGAGUAAGGGACCCUUCGUUCGACCCGGGGCCCCAACUGCUGCAGCCACAGUUAACCACCCCUUCAACAAAAUGACUGUUGUCCACCCUCAAGCAUUAGCACCAUCUGCCCCCUCAGUGUUGCACCCUGGAAUAUCAUUACAGCCAGGAAGUGGACAAUUUGGAGGCAACGAUUCAUUUCAACAGGCACUCAUCUUAUGUCCACCCACUAUUCAAGGAAUACCCACCAACACUGUGAAACCAGCUGGCUACUCUGUUCGAAUGGAGGCCUCCGUUCCUCUGGUCACUCAAGCACCCCCAAUCCAGCCCAUCCAAAUCAGACCAGGAGUUAUCACGCAGGCCUGGUCGAGCCGAGCCCAGCAGAUUUUGGUGCCCACUUGGCAGCAAGUGACAUCAGUCCCCCCACCGCCAACGACUUUGGCCUCUGACACAGUGGCGGGGCCACCAAGAGUGGGUGACUGGGGGAAAGUGCAUCCCCAUGGUAACCAUUACAGCUCAAUGAUUGCCCACCCUCAGCCGUUCUUAACCAACCAAAUGACCAUGCCCGCCCACCAGCCAAUAAACAUCGGCAUUGCGCAUGUGGUGUGGCCACAGCCAGCUGCCAACAAGCGAGCAAAGCCGUGUACCAACAGAGGCAGCAGCUUUUCCCAAAACACAAACAACCCAAAUUUACCAUGCCAGUCCCCAAAGAUGGCUGAUACAGCAAAGAAUGUGGAAGAGGCCGCAGGGGAAGAAGCAAGAUGCCCUGAAGAGAGGCAUGCUGUUAUACACGAGCAAGAAACGGAGCAGGCAGAAGAAGAUGAUGACGACAACUGCUGCAAAGUAGAGCCGGACUGCCAGGACCUUUCGGUUUCGCAAGAGCAGCUAACAAGCCCGUCUGUCAGCGUCAUCAGCAUCAGUAGUGAUGAAGAGGAGGCCGCACAAAGGCACUCAAUGGGCGAAUGUAAAGGAAGUGCAGAUUGCGAGGCAUGUCAGAGCACCGUUAGUAUGGAGAGAGUGUGUUCCCUCAGCAGCCCCGACAGCACGCUCAGCACCAGCUCUUCAGCCUCCGUGCAGUCCAGCACGUCACCCUGUAAACAUCCCAACAGCAUGUCCGAUGACGAACAGGAAAGUGGGUGCGACACAGUGGACAUUUCACCCGCCUCCAACGGCAAUAACACCAGUCCCUACCCCCAGCGGCGUUACAUUGCCAACAGCAAUCAAAACUGCAAGCCUCGUGUUACAUGCGUUGCCCUGGAAACUCAGCCCAGCAAGCCGGCCGUGCGUACGGCCGCCGUGCCUCCGAUGAGAGUACAGAACAAUAACACUGGUGUCGGUGAAGCACCUGGCAGCACAGGUCACAUGGCCUGGGAUUACGUCAUCUUAGUCGACCACAGAGGUUCUCCCAGUUCUGGAGUCUUCAUACCAGUCCAAAGGGAGAGGCCCUUCUGGGUGGCAUCAUCACCACUCCACUCCUCUGCUCAACAGUUCCCAAAAGAUCACCCCUUCAUUCCAGCCCCAGCAGCAGCAACCCUUAGCCUUUGGGCAGGUCCAGCAUUUCACUUCCUGCCACCAGGAAUGGAACGGCAACUUUGCCCACCGCAGACCGCAGGCCUUCAUCCCCCCCACCAUACAUGGGCCCGCGUUCACCCUGUCCCACAGCAGCCCGAACCACUCUGCGGGCCAUCCUCACCUUGGGGGACACCCGCACUCCCAACCCACCUUGUUGUCCUACCCCCCUCCUGGCCCUCUGGUCACGGCCGCGCCCGUGGCCCACCUCUUGGCCUCCCCUGGCGCCUCGCGUCCCGUCCUUCAGCCCGCUUACAGCAUCUCUCACCCAGCGGGCAUCGUGCAUCAGGUCACAGUGGGCAUCAACCCGCGGCUUUUGCCCUCCCCAACCUUGCAUCCCCAAGGCCAAUUCAAGCCCCUCUUCCCCCCGCAUUCUUACAUUGCCUCGCCGGCCUACGCCAGUUUCCCACUCAGUCCCACCAAAAUAAACCAGUACCCCUACAUCUGAGCAUAGGUGCCCAGGUACUCUUCUCACUACCCGAGGGCUAAAGGCGCCGGGCGAAUUCUGUCUUAAACCACGAGCAACAUGGUUUUUCAUUUCCAAAAACCAUGGCACAACCACAGAGAAAACAAGCUAUUUUUUGAAUCAUGUCAACUUGGGUGUAAUUGAACUUCAAGCUUUAAAAAAAGGAAAAAAAAAAAGGAACGAUGUCUGAGAUUUGGGCAAAAAUUCUGAAGGAAAUAAUGUAUGAAUGAUUGAAUGAAUGAGUCGUUAAAGUCACACUUAAUGUGUUUUGCACAUUUGAUAUACCUUUGCAUUGGAUCUUCUACGAAUACUCCUCAAAACAGGUAAAUAAUUGGGGUGGUGUUGAAUAGUUUGACGUUGCACCCCCGACCCCAGCUAUUUUUCUAUAUUGCCUUCUUACAUGAGCAAGACACAUUCACAUUUGUAAAGCCAUCCCAGUCUCUAGCUCUAGAUUGCCAGAUGUCGUCUACAGUGUCUAUUGUACCUUGUUCCGAGUAUUUGUACUUUUCCAGUGUCUUUCGGUGUUCGCAAUGUCAAAAGUCAACUAAGCGAUUUUAAAUAGGGUCGUUCCUCACGCUGCAUGUGGUCUUGCAUGAGCAAAAGUGUAAAUUGAACGAUGCGUUGAUGUUGCUCUUAUCGUUUGUGUGACAAGACUCGCUGCAUUGUAUAACUGUCCCCAGCCAUAGUGCCUUACAUAUUGUUCAUGUUAGUACUUAUAUAUGACUAUAUACAAGACUAUUAAUGUACUGGACUGCAGCACUUGAAAUUCCAAUCACUCGAUGCAACCUAUGUGUGAGUAUAUACAUAUACAAUUACGCGAUGCAUCAUGUGUGUUUAUAUAUAUAUAUAUAUAUAUGCGUGCACACAUAGGCUGCAUGGAUGUGAUGUAUCGCGGAUAGCGGUGCGCUUAUACUUUGGUGUAUAUUUUAGUGCGUCGUAAUUUCCUUUUCCCUUCAUGCAAGUUAAACGGCAUGCUUUGCGGUUGCGAAUGCGUUGCUGUUUAAGGAGAAAAAGCAACUUUAGUUUUGUCCAAAUGAACUAGUGUACAACGUGCAAGUACUGAGUAUUGCUUCAUAAUCACUUUCUAUUUAGUGAAACCUUUAUUACUAACAGUUGUUUGUACUGUUGGACGAAACUGCAAUACAAUCUCAAUAGUCGCCUUUCCCUCCACACUCGUCGACGUAUUUUCAUUUCACUUUGUUUCUUCGAUGUUAAGAGGUGUGUGGGCAUGGCUUUGACUAGGUAAGGAAAACAAUGCAAAUGAAUUCACGGUAUGGAUUUUUCCAAGCCUGAGCAAACCAUGCAGUAUUCGAUAUACACACAUAUAUGGACGUAUAUUGUAGAGCUACAGUAUUUAGUACCAAUGCUUGAUGAGGUGUGAGUUAAUUGUGUGCAAUUCUCUCAUUUAUGCAUGUGUGACAAAGGUAACUUUUUCCCUUUACAUUUCUUGAUGGCUAAAGGCUUCGCAGUGUCGACUGCUUCUUUUAAACAUUCCGUCAGGGAGGCUAUAUAUACAUAUAUAAAUAUAUACGGUGGGAGCAGGUGUCACCAGUUUAUAUAGCAUAUAUCUAUAUAUACACGUAGAUCAUGUGUGUGUUUUUUCAGUUUCGUUUCUUAGUUACGCGUGUAUUAUUUGUCUUUGAUUUCAAAUGAAGUUGCUUGGCAGCACCAAAGACUGUAAUUCAUUUCCUUGCGUAAACCUCACUUGGAGUAUAGUCGUAGAAUGGGGUCGAUUAAAAAGAAAAAGAAAGAAACAAACAUAUUUAAAAACGGCCGAGGUUUUGUCUAGCUUAUUGGGCAAUUAAUAAGUCGUAUCAUUUCUUUCUUGAAUGUAUCGUAGAUCAGCUGCUAAAUGAUUGCCACUUCCAUAGUUGUGAAAUUAGGUGAUUUCUCUGAGUUUGAGCCUGGCGUCGCAAAUUGUGCGUGUGUGCGCGUGUGUGUGUCUGUGUCUGUGUAGGUCCCUAAUGAUCUAAUAUAGAAGUGGUUUUGAUUUGUUUGUUUUUUCAUGUUUCUAUUUGAAGUGUCAUUAUAACUACUGUAUUGCUGAUAACGAACGCUAGUUGCAUUUGUUGUUUCUCGGGGUGUGCGUGCGUGUUUAUGCAUCAGUAUUUUAUCCUUUUCGACCUAUCCUUCGAGGCUCAUCACAACAUAUAGAUGAUGUGUAUCGAUGUAUAACUUAAUUUUUGUAUGUUUUCAUAUUGACGUUUCGUACUCAUUUAAAAAAAAAAAACGUAGCUUGCAGUAUCAAUGUAACUCGUACGUUAACAAUAUUCUCCCAGUGCAACGGCAUUGUGCAUGUGAAAACGAUCUUUUAUUUACACUCACCAUAAAGGAAGGCGGAUUAGAAUACUUACCCACAAAUGAUUUUCAUCGCCCAAGAUGUUUGAAUUGAUUUGAUCUAGUAUUUAUUGUUAGAAUGUUUUUAUCUGUUCAAUGUUAUAAGAAUAUCAGCUUUGCCUUGCGUUGUGAUCGCUGCACUGCUCGUCUCAGUGUUUUUAAUUGGAAAGCCGCCGUUGUCGUGUGGCCCUUACUGAAACUGAAGCAGUGUGAGCAGCACUGUGUAUGUGCCUUGAGAUUCUGAACAUUCGAGAUGCAUAUUGAAGGAGGAAGGCCUAGAAUCCAUUCAAUCCGUCAAUACGCUAUACGGACAAGUACUGGGACACAUGCAAGAGGUAAUUAUUAUUCACGAGCCUCCUAUACAGAGAAACCAUACAAAAUGGCCUUGAGCUGUAGCUCAAGUUUUUUUUUUUUAAUUGAAUACUUUAAAAACAUGUAGAUGAAAGACUCACUUCUCAUGUGUUUUUUUAAGACUUGUUUUGAAAAAUGGACGGCAAAGCAGCUCGUCUAUUGUGCACAUGGAGGUCAUUCUCACACUUUUGGCGUCAAAACUCAUUCGUGAGACUGAUGAACAAAAAUUUAAAUUAAAAAAAAUAAUAACAAAUUCAAAGGUACUAUUAAGUGGCUGGUGGGAAGCUGGACUAAGAGUUGUAUGCUCCUUCAAGUGUUCCAGUUAACAGGCUAGUGCAUGUGUUUUAAACCAACUGGAAAUGAUUGAUAGCGAGCUGGCUGACUCCAAAGUAACCUGUUACGCCAAUUUUGAGGCCUGUUGAAGGCAGCCUCUUGGGAAAGUUGACUUCAGCACGCGGUGUGUUGAGUGAUUGACGAGGUUCAGGUCAGGCCUCUGGCAUUGUUCCAAACUCACCCAGCCAUGCCUCUCUCAUUAUCAUGCAUUGCUUGCAGAAAGAGACACAUUCAUUACUACUAUAUAUGAAGUCAAGUUUAUUUAUAUAGCCCUAAAUCACAAACAAGUCUCAAAGGGCUUCACAUGUGCAAAAAUUGACAAUUAUUCUCAACAUCAAUGAGCUGUCUCAAUGUGAUGAAUUAACAGUCAGAGGGAACUUUUUCCUCCACCCUGAUUGAUGACAUUUUUAGGAGCUAUGUCCCAAGACUUUUCCGUAUACAUGAGUGUUCAAAGUGGCUUACGUAAAAAACAAAACAAGAUAAGACUUCAUCCUGUUCGCCUCUGAUCAGCUUGUAGAAAACCAAUAGAGGACCAUGCAUAGUGGUGGAUUGUACCAAUAUAACACUUCAUAAUAACGAUAACCAUGAGCAUCAUGUCGCCCUUCUUUGGAUUGUCACUGGCUUGAAACAGCAGAUGCAAUACUUUAAACAUUGUUGCCGUCAUUGCACCACACAAGUGUUCUUAGAUGAUACGUACUUUACAUGACCUUGCAUGUGCGUCGCUUUGUUUUCGUCAAGCACCCAGAGCUCAUUUGGUAACACUGGCUUUGAAGAAUCACAAACUCCUCUACUUGCAUGUUGAGUUUUCUCUCUUCUUUGUUCAUUAUAAGGAGAUUUAUUCUUGUGGAUUCCUGGAUCGCUCACAGGCGCGAUACGUUUCAACACUGAUAUGGUUGUAUGCUUUUUAUUUGUUAGUGAUUAUAAUGGUGAUAUCAUUUUGGACAAGAAAGCUUUUGACGGCAAGACAUGAACUUGACAGAUGAUUACUGCUUAAAAAAAAGUUUGCCAAUAAUGCGCAUGGGAAAUGUAAUCGGUGUUGUGGUUCCUCCCAAAGUAUUCACCAGCAAUGCGACGCAAGAGGAGAUGCAACCUAAUGUUUUGAAUUCCACCCAUCACCUUGCUUUACAGAAAUUUUUGUUUUCAUUUGGAGGGUUUUUGUGUAACAUUUAACAGAUAAAAAAGUUUGUAAACUAUUAUUGUAAUGAUUUUAUGACACACACAAAAAAUCCUCUGCUGCGGUUUUAUCCUUUAGAUUUGUUAAUUCAGGGUUGGUAUUAGUCUCAAUGUGCUACUGUGUUACAGUUUGAUUUGUUUUGCUUUAUUUUGGGUUUAGCUUGUGUUCAUCUCUUUAUGCAGAGUUAAUUCAUGCUGCAAGUUAUGAAAUUAUCUGUCUAGAUGGCUCAUCAAAUACACUUGAUUAUAAAAUUGGAGCUAUUACUGUUUAAAAACCUGUAGACUAUUUUGUGGCUUUGGUGUGUGUUUUUUUGUUGCCAUUUGUUUGAUUUGCUUUUUUAAUUUGUCUGUGCUACACUAGUUUGCCAUGUAGCAAUUGCACUGUGCAAUAUUUACAGUAUGAGGACUGGGAAACUAACUAUGGAUGUGAUGUCUCUUUACAGUUUGCGUUAGUGUUUCCUCUCUAGUUCUCAGUGAUUUAGGUGUGACCAAGCCUUCUCUACUUAGUCACAUUAAGCGGGUUUUCCAGGUGACUCUUUUGGUGAGUGUCGAAGUAAGACUUAUAAAUGGUGUAUUAUUGUUAUUAAGAUUCACUUUGAAUUAAAAAAAAUCUAUUGACGCCGUU